AUGAGCGACGACGAACAGGCCAAGCAAUCGUUGGAAUGUGCCGGAUCUAUGUCUUCUGGCAAAAAACCACCUAGAAUGCCAAAAUGUUCCCGUUGCAGAAACCAUGGUUAUGUGUCACCUUUGAAGGGGCAUAAACGAUUUUGUAACUGGAGGGAUUGCCUCUGUCAGAAGUGCAAAUUGAUCGCAGAACGGCAGAGGGUGAUGGCCGCCCAGGUGGCACUCCGUAGACAGCAGGCCCAAGAGGAGGAGAUGGGCAUCUGUAGUCCAGUUACGUUGGCCAGCACAGAGAUUAUGGUGAAGAAUGAAGCCACAGGUGACAGGGCUUGCUUCUUCUCUGCAGGGGAAAAAUCUCCCACUUCCCAGAACAAUGGAGCAACAUCACCCUCUGCGACAGGCAACCGCCCCGCCCUGCCGCCCAGUCCCACGUCGGCCAGCAGAGGGCACACUGACGGGUCUGAUCUGGUGGUGGAUGCGUCCUACUACAACUUCUAUCAGCCCUCCCGCUACCCCGCCUACUACAGCAACCUGUACAACUACCAGCAGUACCAGAUGCCGAGCAGCGAGGCCCGUCUGGCGAGCCACAAUGUGGCUCCGCAGUACCGGAUGCACUCCUACUACUCUGCGGCCUCCUACCUGAGCCAGGGCCUGGCCACCCCGGGCUGCGUGCCCCCCAUCUUCACCCUGGAGGACAACGCCACCUGUCCGGAGCCCAAGGCUGCAAUGUUCGCUCCGGGCAGUGGGCACGACGUGGGCCUGGCCUGCCUGUCUGUCAACCCAUUGAUCAACUCUGAGACCAAGCAGGAGUGUGAGACCAGUUCAGAGUCUGAGGUUUUCGCUGUGAAUGCUGUCAUCGAUGGGGCCAGUGAGUGAUGCAUUCUGGGUGAUAACAGCACUUAAAUCAAGGUCAAAAUCACCGAUGAUCACCAACAGCGCUGUCAAUGUGAAAGGAUCUGUGGCAUUACCACUGUCCUCUACUGUGUUGUCAUUUAUUUUCCAGUUUCAUUCCUCAUUUUUGUGCCAGGUGAAAUGAAUGGAAUUAUAUACUUACGGAGCAUAAUACAUUCAGUGACACUGAUGACUAUAAUGCUUUAGAUAACAAUGGCAUUUUAUUGUUUUACAGAAAUUGCCUUGCUCUUAUACAAUUUCUGAAAUUUGGGUUCUGGUAUAUAAUAACUACUUUUAAAAAGCUAAUAGUAAUCAUAUUCCAUAAGGCAAAAUGUCACUUGUCAAUGGCAAUGCAAAAUUCCUUACAGAUGACAGGCUUUUCUCAGCACUGUGAAUAUUAAUUUUGGCACAUUCUCAAUGAUGUCUAAAGCUGUAUUUUGCAAAGAGGCACAACACACUUCAGACACUACUGCAGUACUUAUUUGUAAUAUAGUUGUAUCAGUCUUCAAAGUAUUAUGAAUGAAUUACUGUAAUGCUCUAAAUAAUAGUAUGUUUAUGUUCAUGUUUACAGUAUACAGUAUAUCUGUAGUCUACAAUUAACAUCCCAUAAUGGAUAAAUCCACCAUUAAAAUAGGUCACUUGUUUUCACAUUUAUGAUUUUGUUUUUAUUUUUGAUGCAUCAGUUCUGUGGAUUGAUUGUUUAAAAAGUUAAUCUAAUGUGCAGUAUACAUUUUAAUCAUCAUAUUUUGGCAUCAGAGACUUUCUUAAAAGUUCUUGCUUAA